AUGCCUCUCCUGCCCAUGCCUCUCCUCCCCAUGCCUCUGCUAUACAUGUCUCUCCUGCCCAUGCCUCUCCUGCCCAUGCCUCUGCUAUACAUGCCUCUCCUCCCCAUGCCUCUGCUAUACAUGCCUCUGCUAUACAUGUCUCUCCUGCCCAUGCCUCUCCUGCCCAUGCCUCUGCUAUACAUGCCUCUCCUGCCCAUGCCUCUCCUGCCCAUGCCUCUGCUAGACAUGCCUCUGCUAUACAUGUCUCUCCUGCCCAUGCCUCUCCUGCCCAUGCCUCUCCUGCCCAUGCCUCUGCUAUACAUGUCUCUCCUGCCCAUGUCUCUCCUGCCCAUGCCUCUCCUCCCCAUGCCUCUGCUAUACAUGCCUCUCCUGCCCAUGCCUCUCCUGCCCAUGCCUCUCCUGCCCAUGCCUCUCCUGCCCAGGUCUUUCCUGCCCAUGCCUCUCCUGAACCGUUGGAGCCGUCCGUCAGCCGGCAGAGACGUGGCAGUGAUUGACAGCGUGGGAAAGGCUCUGAUCGAGAGUGACGGCCGGGACGGAAACCGUAGAGCUGGGCACAGUAACCACGGAGACCAAGUCAGAGUUCUGGGCUUUUAG